GCGAUGGCGUCUGCUGAUGUGAGACAGGAGCUGGACUGUUCCAUCUGCCUGAGCAUUUAUACAGAUCCUGUAACCCUGAGAUGUGGCCACAGCUUCUGCCGGGUCUGUAUUGAUCGUGUGCUGGAUACACAGGAGGAGGCUGGAGCUUAUACCUGUCCUGAAUGCAGAGCAGAGUGUCAGGAGCGUCCUGCACUGAUACAGAACAUAACGCUGUGUAACAUAGUGGGGAGGUUCCUGUCUACUCGGCCAGAUCAGGAGGAGACUGGGAUCUUCUGCACUUACUGUGUGGACUCUCCUGUACCUGCUGCUAAAUCCUGUCUGCUGUGUGAGGCUUCUCUGUGUGAUAAACACCUGAGAGUACACAGCAAGUCAGCAGAACAUGUCUUAUGUGAUCCCACCACUGCCCUGGGGAACAGGAAAUGCUCCGUUCAUAAGAAGGUCCUGCAGUAUUACUGCACUGAGGACGCUGACUGUAUCUGUGUGUCCUGUGGUUUAGCUGGACAACAUCAGGGACACAAGGUGGAAAUGCUGGAUGAGGCCUCUAAGAAGAAGAAGAAAAAGCUGAGGAAUGUUCUGCAGAAACUGACCACAAAGAGAGAGGAGACUGACACAAGAAUUUCAAGUCUGCAGGAGCGCAGGAGAGUUCAGGGAGAAGCAGCUGGUGUAACAGAGACAGUCACUGCCCUGUUUAGAGACAUCAGGAGACAGCUGGAGGACUUGGAGAGGCGAGUCCUGAGUGAGAUCUCCAGACAGGAACAGCGCGUUUCACUCUCAGUCUCUGAUCUGAUCCAGCAGCUGGAAAUAAAGAAGGACGAGCUGUCCGGGAAGAUGCGUCACAUUGAGGAGCUGUGUAACAUGUCUGAUCCAGUGACUGUCUUACAGGAACCAGACACAGGGGACUUGUGUGACUCUGAGGACACAUGGAGACAUGAUAACCAGGUCCAUGGUGCAGGAGAUCUGGAUGUGGGUCUCAUCUCAGGGACAUUACACACAUUAUCUGAUGUAAUAAGAGGUAUAAAUCUAUGCUUCUAUGUGCAAGAACCUACAGACAUAUUACUGGAUGUAACCACAGCUGGUAAUAAUAUACAGAUAUCAGGUGACAGGAAAACGGCAUCUGUGUCAUAUAUGAACCAGAACCGACCAGAAACAGCAAACAUAUUUCAGAGUCCUCAGGUAAUAAGCACCAGGAGAUUCUCCUCAGGGCGACAUUACUGGGAGGUGGACGUCAGUAAGUCACCGAGCUGGAGGGUGGGGAUGUGUUACCCCAGUAUAGACAGGAGAGGGGGUCAGUCACUCAUUGGGGCUAAUACCAAGUCCUGGGGUUUGAGGUAUUAUUAUAAUCAGUACACAGUGAUACAUGACAAGACUUUGAUCCAGUUACCUGACAAUAUCUCCUGUGACAGAGUGAGGGUAUAUCUGGAUUAUGAGGCAGGACAGCUGUCCUUCUAUUCUCUGUGUGACCCCAUCAGACACUUACACAGCUACACUGCCGCCUUUAUGGAGCCUCUCCAUGCUGUGUUAGGUGUGUUUGACGGAUGUAUAAAGAUAUCUGGGAGAUUCGGGAGCUGGGAGACAUGUAAUGUGAUGUAAGAAAUCUGCCCAUCUGCUGGUGACAUCACAGGGAGGGGAAUCUGAAUUUAUACAAUCACAUCUUGGAGACCCAAUGGUCUAUUCAUGUAACAAAUGAAAACAGAAUUGUUACUUUUCACUAUAUAUCGCAUCGGUUUGAUGCGAUGUAUGGCUUUGUUAAGUAACAAUUCAUGUAUACUAUCCUUCCAGCGAUCUGGUACCCAGGGCUCCAGUGUGAGACAUCUGGAGGCAAAGGUAGGUCCUUCCAGCCCAUGACUGAGCUCCGGGAGGCUGCAGUGGCUGCUGGGAAAUAAAGGGGACAGAGCCACAAUGGAUGCCGGGCAGAAAUCAGGGAAGUGAGAAAUUUGCCUUCCUAUUUCUGAUGUUCAGAUUGGGUGUGGUAUGUUAGGUAGAUUAGAUUUAGGUUGACCACUAUUGGUCGACAGUAAGUAGGUCGACACGGUUUAUAGGUCAACAGGGACUCUAGGUUGACAUGUGCUAGGUCAACAUGAGUUUUUUUAUUAUUAUUUUUGUGUCGUUUUUUUCAAUUGAUGCAUUGUGUUAUUUUUUCAAUUAGUGCAUUGUAUCCCCUCGCAUGGCGAGUGAAGCUUCGGGCAAGGUGCCUCGCCUUUCUCCAAGGAUUAAUAAUGUGACGUUAUUCUGUGAGGCGACACUCCAGACUUUACAUUGAAUCAGCAAUUGUGUUUGGUAGAUUUAAUAAUUCCAUUGUUUCCAAAAGAUGAGAGAUACAAUUGCUGCAGCUGCUCACCCAGUAAUACUGUUAUACUGGGAGAACGUUUGAAACAAAAUUUAUUUUUAUUUUUAUUUUUUUUUGGGGGGGGAAAUAUAUGGAAAGACUAAUUGUGAUUGUUUUACAUUAUAUAUACUGUAUAUUUAAAACUAUGGUGUGCCCCUGGAAAAUGAGCUCUACCGGAAUCUUAUAUUACUUGACCAUACAGUAUAAGACAUUCCCAAUAUUAUCCUAUAACAUUUCCUAAUCAUUUCUAAAAUAACUUCAUCCACCCUUAUUUUAGUUAAAUGUUAUUAUAUGAUAUAUGGUAUAUACUUCA